AUGCGCCUGCUUUUCAUUGAUUCCAAACUCCAUGAAGGUCUUCAUUCAAAUACUCGCAGAGUUUAUCUUCCACUGCUAUGGGAGUCCUCAUUUUGCUCUCGCGACCCUGUGGUCCUUGGCUAUACGCGAGGCCACUUCACUGCCCUUGUUCCUACUGAGCCACCUCGCAGUCCUGCUUCAGCCGCAUCUAUCACCGCCUCUUUGUCCUCUGAUAGUUCCGCAAUCAUCCCUGCCUCAGCCAAUACAACUGCUGCUUCCUCCUCUUCAGCUUCUGCUGUUCUAAAAUCGGAGGGUGAGAUAGAGGGUUGCGCUUCGAUAGAGCGGUGUGAUCCGUCCCAUCCCCCUGCCGCCUUUGAAUACUCCAUCUACCUCCCUCUUUUUGAUCGACACGGUACUCCACUACCAAUUCCCUUCGCCUCAAAGAGUGCCGUGGUACGCCUUAUCUUUCUUUAG